AUGAGGAUGUAUGAAAAGUUAAAAGGAUGCAUGGUGUCGCAUGUCAUCCAAGAACUUCAAGCUUUGUUGACUUCUUUUGAAUCUACACAACUUUUCUUACAACGCCUCAAUACAUUUUGGCUAGAAUUUUGCGAACAACUGAUCAAUGUCCGUAGUGUAUUUCUGUAUUUGGAUCGGACGUUCAUUUUGCAGAAUGCAAGUGUUAUGUCUUUGUGGGACUUGGGCUUAGAAAUUUAUCGCGAUGAAGUUAUGCACUGCGGACAUGUAAGAAAACGUUCAACCGAAGGACUUUUAAAAAUAAUUGAAGAGGAAAGAGCAGGUGUACAUGUUGAUCGUUUAUUGAUCAGGUCUUUGGUGCGUAUGCUGAUAAGUCUUCGUGUUUAUACAGAUGUAUGGGUUUUUGAGAAGCAGUUUCUUGAAGCAACGAAUACGCUAUAUGAAUCUGAAGGCCGUCACCUUUCACAGACAUUAGAUGUCCCAGACUACUUGAAACAUGUAAAAAAGCGUCUCGAAGAAGAAUCAGAACGUGUCGAUUAUUAUUUGGAUAGUGUCACACGAAAGCCAUUAAUGAUGAUUACCGAAAAAUGUUUGAUUGCUGAUCAUAUGGACUCAUUUAUAAAUAAAGGUCUUGAUGCGAUGCUUCACGAAAACAAACCUGAAGACCUAAGUUUAAUGUAUGACUUGGUAUUGAGAACGAAAAAUGGACUUAAUAUUCUGAAAAAUGUAUUUGUUAUUUAUAUAAAGAAAGUAGGUAGAAGUUUAGUUAUGGAUUUUGACAGGGAUAAAACGCUAGUAUCUGAUUUGCUGAACAUGAAAAGGCGUCUGGAUAAUGUUGUAGACAGUUGUUUCCAAAAAAACGAAAAAUUUAUCCAAGCAGAAAAAGAUGCAUUCGAUUACUUCAUCAAUACUCGACCAAAUAAACCAGCAGAGCUUGUUGCUAAAUAUAUGGACGUCAAGCUACGGAACGGAAACAGAAGUGUCUCAGAAGAGGAAAUGGAAAGUCUCAUGGAUGAAGUUAUCGUGCUGUUCAGGUUUAUACACGGCAAAGAUGUUUUCGAAGCAUUCUACAAAAAAGAUCUUGCCAAAAGAUUAUUACUCGGAAAAAGCGCAUCAGUUGAUGCAGAGAAAUCUAUGCUGUCGAAAUUAAAACAAGAAUGUGGUGCUGCAUUUACUACGAGGUUAGAGGGGAUGUUCAAAGACAUAGAAAUUUCGAAAGAUCUUGGAGUAGCGUUCAAACAGCAUUUGGAAAGUAAUGAGACUGAUGGAACACCAGUAGAUCGUCGGACGAGUGAGAUAGAAUUUAAUGUAAAUGUUCUAACUAUGGGUCAUUGGCCUACAUAUGAGUAUAUGGAUGUUGCAAUUCCUCCAGUUUUGGCGGUAUAUCAAGAAGAUUUUCAGAAGUUUUAUUUCUCCAAACACAGUGGUCGGAAACUUCAGUGGCAACAUAGCUUGGGUCAACUCAUAUUGCGUGCUCAAUUCAGUGUUGUGAAAGAGCUGCAAGUUACGAUGUUUCAAGCUUUAGUGCUUCUCUUAUUUAAUGAAAAAGUGGAGUGGUCAUAUGAGGAAAUUCUCUCAACUACGAAAAUCGAAAAAAAUGAGCUAAACAGGACCAUGCAAUCGUUGGCAUGUGGAAAAUUUCGAGUUCUUAAAAAGUCACCACGUAACAAAAUUGUAAAAGAUGCUGAUAUUUUUACGUUCAAUCCAGACUGCAGUGAGAAAUUAUUCCGAAUACGCAUAAGUCAAGUGCAAAUGAAGGAAACAGAAGUGGAACGUGCUCACACAGAAGAAGAAAUAUAUCAAGACAGGCAGUAUCAAAUUGACGCUGCAAUUGUGCGUAUAAUGAAGACCCGGAGAACACUCGCACAUCAGUUGCUUAUUUCAGAAUUAUUCAAACAACUCCGUUUUCCAGUAAAACCAAUCGAUUUGAAGAAGCGUAUCGAAAGUCUAAUUGAACGUGAAUAUAUGUGCCGUGAUCAGGAUGAAGCUAAUAUUUAUAAUUAUCUUGCGUAG